UCCGGGACGAGUGGAACGACGCGAGUAACCGCGGAAGAGUUCGGGCCGCUACGCUGAGCGGCGCCGUAGACAUGGGGAGGCCGGCAGCUCGGCUGUACCGCGCCCUGGAGGGGCUGUUCGCCGUGUACAAACCGCCCGGAGUUCACUGGAAACUCGUCCGUGACACGGUGGAGACAAACCUCCUGAGAGGACUGAACGGAGCUCCUCGUCCAGCUCCCCGUUCCCAGGUGAAGUUUCUCCCAGAGCCCUGCAGAGACAACCGAGUUACACUGGAGGCUUCUGUCCUCCCUGUGCUGGCAGACCAUCCUCUUGUUGCAGGACCACAGUUUCAGAAGCUGCGUGUCGGCGUGGGACACCGGCUGGACGUAUUUUCCUCAGGCAUCCUUGUUUUAGGUGUUGGACAGGGGAACGUGAGGCUGACAGAGAUGUACAAUUCCCAUAAUACUAGAGAUUACACACUCGAGGGGGAGUUUGGCAGAGCCACAGACGAUUUCUCCUGUCACGGCCGUGUCAUAGAGAGAACCACUUACGGUCAUGUUACCAAGGACAAGUUGGAGAGCGUCCUCGCCAUGAUCCAGGGCGUCAAUCAGAAAGCCCUUCUCACGUACUCCAACGUGGAUAUGCGCUCCCAAGAGGCAUACGAGCUGGCAGCCAAGGGCUCGUUGCGUCCUCAGAGCAAGUCCCCCCCGAUCAUAACUGGCCUGAGGUGCCUGAAAUUCGCACCACCCCACUUCACGUUGGAGGUUCACUGUGUGAACGAAACCCAGAAGUACCUGCGCAGGCUGGUGCAUGAGAUAGGCUUGGAGCUGCGCAGCUCGGCUGUGUGCACGGGGGUGCGGCGCGAGCGCGACGGCCCCUUCAAGCUGCAGCACGCCCUCACACGCCAGCACUGGACCCUUCCCGACAUCACGCAGGCUGUCCACUGCUCGUGGGCCACUUGGACAGGUGGAGAAGUGAACACGGUUCAGCCAGAGCCCCAUAAACCCUUGACUAUGGGGUAGAAGUUAGUAAAACUCAGUGUCACAUUCAUUGUCAGACUGGAAGAGAACUUUUGGUCCAGUGGAUUUUUUUUUUGGCUACCUCUGUUCAUAAACAUAUAACUUUACCUCUUAAUGUCAAGAAAAAUCCCAGAUUUUUUAACAUGGUUUUUUUUUCCCCAUUAAAACAUAAAAAUAUAUUUCUAUGGUUGACAGUGUCAGGAACCUAAUGUUACAGUAACAAAAUUACAGUGAUGUAUGUCCCUGGAAACUUUUUUUAUGCAUUUGGAUAAAUGGAUACAUUAUCCUAAUUGCACUGCAAUUAGAAAACUGAUGACUGAGUGCAAGCAGCGUAGGCAAAAUAAAAUUUUCAUUUAUUUAUACAACAGAAAUCAGCAAAUUAGCCUUGAUUUAACCAAUACCUUUGAGGUAAGUCACCAUGGUUGAUACAUUGACAUUUUUUCUCUUCAGUGAUUUCGGCUGUACGUUACUGGAGCAAUUCAAAGCAUUUUGCUCAAGGAUACUGCAGUAGGAGUGGGAUUUGAACUAAGGACCUUAACCACUACACUACCUCUUGCCUUAAAUGUAGCUGUGUGGGGACAGUAACGGUGAAGGUCCA